CUGGCCUGGGGCCGCGCUACGUGGAGCAUCUCUGCUCUGAGCUCCUGCAAGCGGCCGCGGCUGGAGGGCGGCGUUGCGAGCGGAUCUUUAACAAACUGUUAAAGCAUCUCCUGUGGAUUCAUAAAGGUGGCUGCUUAGAAUUAAUACUUGAAACUUCCACCCACCUACUGAGGAGACAAAGCUCAAGAUGGGAUCUCUUUCUUAAGACCCUUAGAAAGAAAAGGCCCUGACUCAAGAUUUCACUGCAGUAUGUUCAUGAGUUCCUGAGAACUGAGGACUCCAAGAAGCAGGAGUUGGUAAUUAGAGGAGACUCAUACUCAUUUAAGGUUUCCUAUCUGAGGAGCUGGCAGUUUCCUAAUCAAGAGUGGACAAGAACAAUCAGGAUUUAACUUUGUGGGCCGAAGGCAGGAAGCUCCCCCAAAAGGAGUUCUGAAGUCAUCAUGCCCCAGCAGCUCCCACUUACCCUUCCUGGGGAGGUUGACACCUGUGUGAAGUUGGAGAGAACAUCUCUGGGGAAGAAUGUAAAUAACAAGUCUGAAAAAGAAGCUCUGCUCUCUAGGUAUGCUCCCGAGACCCAGGGAAAAAGCCUAGAGGAUGAAGUAACCCCUGGAAGUGUGACAGCGGGAUCUCAGGAGCUGUUGACCUUCCAAGAUGUGUACGUGGACUUCACCCAGGAGGAGUGGGAACAGCUGACUCCUGCUUACAGGAAUCUGUACCGGGAGGUGAUGCUGGAGAAUUACUGGAACCUGGUGUCAGUAGUAGGAUAUCAGCUUUCCAAGCCUGGUAUGACUUCCCAGUUAAAUAAAGGAGAACUACCGCUGAUUGAACAAGAUGUAUCAGGAGUUUCAAGUUCAGACAUGAAGAAUAAAGAAUCCAUUGAAUCAACCUUGAAGAAUAUUUCUAGAGAAUUAUACUGUGACCUGAUGGAAAGACCCAAAAGAGGAAGCACUUUAUAUUCCACAUUGGGAAGAGUCUCCAAAACUGAUAAGUUAGGAAGCCAGCAGGAAAAAAAUAGGAUAGAUGAGGAACAGAACCCCUUGAUCUGCAAGAAAAUGCUUACUCGGAAGAGAGGCCAAGAAUCUAACAAAGUUGCAAAACGUAUUAAUGUUAACUCAAAAAGUAAUCCAGGAUCAGUAGCACCUCCAAGAAAAACAGACCAUAAAUGUGAAAUGACUGGACAGAAUAGCAGAUAUAAUUUAAAUUUGAUUAAUAAUUCCAGGAGUUAUACAAGAAUAAAAUCCUUUGUAUGUAAUAUUUGUGAAAAAAUCUUCAAACAGCUCAUUCAUCUUACUGAACACAUGAGAAUUCAUACUGGAGAAAAACCUUUCAGAUGUAAAGAAUGUGGAAAAGCCUUUAGUCAGAGUUCAUCCCUUAUCCCACACCAGAGAAUUCAUACUGGUGAGAAACCCUUUGAAUGUAAGGAAUGUGGGAAAACUUUCAGACAUCCAUCAUCUCUUACUCAACAUGUCAGGAUUCAUACUGGGGAGAAGCCCUAUGAAUGUGGUGUAUGUAGGAAAGCAUUCAGCCAAAGCAUUGGGUUGAUCCAGCAUCUGAGAACUCAUGUUAGAGAGAAACGUUUUACUUGCAAAGAAUGUGGAAAAGCAUUUUUUCAAAUUAGACACCUAAGGCAACAUGAGAUUAUUCACUCUGGUAUGAAACCCUAUAUUUGCAAUGUAUGUAAUAAAACCUUCAGCCAUAACACAUACCUAAUUCAGCAUCAGAGAAUUCAUACUGGAGAAAGACCUUAUACAUGUAAGGAAUGUGGGAAAGGUUUUAGUCAGAGAAUACAUCUCUCUAUCCACCAGAGAGUCCACACUGGAGUGAAACCUUAUGAAUGCAAUCAUUGUGGGAAAGCUUUUAGGCAUGAUUCAUCCUUUGCUAAACACCAGAGAAUCCAUACUGGAGAAAAGCCUUAUGAUUGUAAUGAAUGUGGAAAAGCCUUCAGCUGCAGUUCAUCUCUUAUUAGACAUUGCAAAACACAUUUUAAAAAUACUAGCAGUGAUACGUGAAGUAUGUGCAACACAAAAGAAUCACCAUGUUGGAAUAAAAUCCUGUAAAUUAGUGGUUUUCUGAAUUUUGGAUCUCAACUACCAAUAUAUUUUUGUAAUGGUUUAACCCAGUAUUACAACUAUAAAUUUUGCCAUAUUAAAAAAUUAGCAUUGUUUUAGAAAACAAUCAUUUUAAUAUUUAAAUGUGUAAGAUGGAUAAAAUUCAAAAGCAGUUCUUUAUGUUAAAUUAAUUUUAUGAAAAUCUCCCCAAUUUUUUUUCUUUUCACUGUAGGCCAGUGAUAGCUUCAUCAGUUUGUUACAGUCAGUGAUCUGCAAACUGAAUUUUGAGAAUCACUGUUUAAAUACCACUUUAGUAAGUUAAAAUAAAAUGUCCUAUAGUUAUGUGAAAGCCCUUAUAUGGCUAGAAGAGGAAUAAAUAAAAAUACCAGUUGACUGAUUUCUAGAGAAAUAAUGUUAAAUAUGGUUUUAUAGAAUUCAUAUAUGAGAUAAAUAUUUAUAUUUUAUACUUACCUUCUGAGAAUAACCUUUUAAUGCAAGUAAAUAUAUAAUUUGUACUGUAUAUCCUCUUUUAGAAACAAUAGUUACUAUUUUAAUGCAAAACAUCUGGUAGCUGGGGGUGUAAAUAAAAAACAUCUGGAGAUAAUACAUAGACCAGGGAGUCUCAGCCUUGGCAUUGCUAUUAUUUAGGGGUGGAUAUUUUGCAAUUAAAAUCUGUUGUAUUUAUUGUAGAAUGUUUAGCAUUUUUCCUGGCUGGCUAUAAGAUUUUUGUAGAUGACAAUAGUCUUCCCAACCAUUAUAACAGCCAAAUACCCCCAGACAUUGUUUGAUAACUCUUAAAAGAGAAAAUUGUCCCUAGUGGACAAUACUGAUAUAAGUAAAGUUGUGUUCCUACAGGUAUUUAAAAAGUAAGAGGGUUGUUUACCACUCCUGCUGUUGAGCAUAAAAAAUUAUUGAUAAUAGCAAAGACUUUCAUUUAAUGUCAAAUUAGUAUGCUUGUGUAUAUUCCAUAAAUCUUGUUUUUCUAUUAAUUUCUUUGGUACUUUGUUGUAUUUAUCAUCCUUCAUGGAUCUGUAUUCUCCCCAAUAAGAAGUUUUAAUAAUAUUUGUGAUAAUACUAUGGAAACAGAAAUUAUUUAUAGGGCUUUAUGCAGUUUAUGGUAAUUAAUAUAAUCAUAAUGAAAUUUUUGUUUAUCCCUAAGUAGUUUGUAAUAUAGUUCUAAUUAGCUGUCUUUUAGAGCCAUUAUUUUAUCAUUACCAUUAUUACACCUAAAAAUAGGUCAUAUACCUUCUUAAUACAUGAGUAUGUCUGUCUCACUAACCUCCAAGAUGUUUUAACUUUCUCAUUGCCCAGUAUACAAUAUUUUAUUAUAUCUUGUGAUUUCUGUUCUGUGGGAAGGUCUUUGAGCUAACUACCAGAACAACAGUGUAGGGGCUCACCAGGAAGGACCAGGGAGAAGAUAAUUGACUACAAGGGCCAAUGUGAAGCAGGGAAAUAUGUAAGAGGAAAUACAGGAAUUGACUCAUAUCACUUCAGUGUAUUUUAUAGAUAAUGCAUUCUUCAAACCAUAACCAGAGAUAGGUCAAGUUCAGUUUCUUACUAUUAUGUGGAAAAACUAACAAUUUUUCUGGUCAUUGAAAUAAUGAAAGUAAAACUGCAAAUCUAGAAGGUAUAGCAUUAUGUCUUCAUCUCUAGAUCUUUUUUUCAAGUUACUCCAUUUACUUUUUUCUAGUCCUCAUUAACUGAUCCUUGUAUAAAUAUAUAUAUAUAUUUCAUGAGCCAGAACCUCAUAGAGUACCUUUUCAUCUAGAUAGAGAGACAUCAUAAUACUGGAGCUGUUCUCAGUGCUAUGGCAAUCCCAUGAGGUGUGUGUGUGGCAAGGCAACAGGCACCCUACCUGGUGAGCUACCUGCCAAUAGUUUUUUUGCCCCCUGGUAUAGCUUUGUCAGAAAGAUAGUUGAGAUACAUGCUGUUUGUUAUUUACACACACACACACACAUUUGUAUAUAUGUAUAUGUAAGUAUACAUAUUGGAAAAGUAUAGCAUACUUUUCUGUUUCUCUACACAAAAAUGUGUCAAGCCUUUUCCGACAAAAAAAUAUACAUAUUCUAUUAUGUUUCUAUGUGUUAGAUUUCCUAGGAAUUUGGGUUUCUCUGAUUGAUUACUUUAGUAAAAUGCAUGACUAUCACUUUUCUUUAUUAUAGUCCCUGCCUCAGUGAUUUCAUGUAAUCCUAUGGCUUAUAUGUGUAACUUGACUGCCAAAUUCAGCCUCUCUCUUGAACUCCAGCCUUGUUUCUGCCAUCAAGCCUUUAUACUUGAUACUCCUCCAGAUAUCCUAUGCCUGAGAUUUUCAUCUUUGCUCCAAUGUUACCUUUUCACUGAAGCCCAUGUUGAGUAUACUACCUUGUACUAUAACCUGUCCUUUACCCUAAUUUCACUAUUCCCAAACUAUCUUAAUUGCUCUACAAUUUCCAUAUCACAGAUCACUUUAUAUACUGUAUGCUUUAUAAAUUUAUUCAGCAUGUGCAUGCCUGUUUCCGAAGUGUAGUGGUUAUCGUGUUUGCCUCACAAAUUUAUUAUGCUUAUUGUUUUCUAUUGUCUCCACCUACUAGUAUGUAAGCUCCAUGAGAGCAGGGAUCAUUUUGUUCACUGAUGUAUUUAUCACAAGUGCCUAGAACAGUGCCUGGCACACAGUAAAGACUCAAUAAAUAUUUGUUGAAUUGUUUUGGGUUGAACUGCAUUAUGUGUUCAUAUGACAAUAAAGAUGACCCUUAUACUUUAACCCCUGCAUUUUAUAGAUUAGAUUUUUGUUUCUUAUUUUUGAAUAAAUAAAUUUUAUUUAUUUAUUUUUAAAUUUUUAUUUAUUUUAUUUAUUUAUUCCCUUUUGUUGCCCUUGUUUUUUUUAUUGUUGUAGUUAUUAUUGUUGUUGUCAUUGUUGGAUAGGACAGAGAGAAAUGGAGAGAGGAGGGGAAGACAGAGAGGAGGAGAGAAAGAUAGACACCUGCAGACCUGCUUCACUGCCUGUGAAGCGACUCCCCUGCAGGUGGGGAGCCGGGGUUCGAACCGGGAUCCUUAUGCCGGUCCUUGUGCUUUGCGCCACCUGCGCUUAACCCGCUGCGCUACAGCCCGACUCCCUUUUAUUUAUUUU